GCGCCCGCCGGGCCCUCCCACCGCGCCCCAGCCCAGCCGAGCCGAUCGCGGCCGAGCCGAGCGGCACCAUGCUGGGCAUGAUCAAGAACUCCCUGCUGAGCACGGUGGAGGCAUGGCCUUACCGGGUGCUGAGCAAGGGGGAGAAGGAGCAGCUCAGCUACGAGGAGAGGGCGUGCGAGGGCGGGUGUUUUGCGGCGGUGGAGGUGGUGGGGAAGCCGUUUGACGAAGCCUCGAAGGAAGGGGUACUCAAGCUCCUCAAGUAUGUCGGAGGAACCAACGACAAGGGGGUUGGAAUGGGCAUGACUGCUCCUGUCUCCAUCACUGCUUUUCCUGCUGAAGAUGGCUCCUUACAGCACAAAGUUAAGGUCUCUCUGCGGAUCCCGAGCCAGUUUCAAGCCAACCCUCCUUGUCCUAGCGAUGAAAGCGUUAAGAUUGAAGAGAGACAGGAGAUGACCAUUUAUUCCACGCAGUUUGGUGGCUAUGCCAAAGAGGUGGAUUACGUGAACUAUGCUGCCCAGCUGAAGUCUGCUCUGGGGAGUGAAGUUGCCUACCGCAAGGAUUUCUACUUCUGCAGUGGUUACGACCCCCCUAUGAAGCCUUAUGGGCGACGCAAUGAGGUCUGGUUUGUGAAAGAGUGAGCAUCUGGCUUGCCAUGGUGCUGAUAAUUUCCCCACACUAUGUUCCUGUCCUCUUCAAAAUAAAAUAAUGAUUUGGCAGAAGCAGAAAAUCAUAAUUUCCUCCUUCCAUACCUAUGCCUUGAUCUUUUAUCGACCAACCAUUUUAGAAGAACACUGCAGAGCCCCUUGAUGAUCCUGCUCCUUCAUUCUGGACCAGGUCCUUAGCCACACAGACUUUUGUGAUCUCUUGGUGCCUUGCUUUCGUCUCCCCCCUGCUCCCAGAGUUCAAAGCUGAGAUAGCCAAAAGUACUUAAUUAGCAAGAUUGGUGCCUGACAAGAGUCGCGUCCAAGUGCUGGCAGACUGUUAGUCUCCCCUGAGGCAGGCGGGGGAACGUGACAAAAGUGCAUACAGAGACUUUUUUAUCUUCUUGAGCUUGGUGCAGCUGUAAAAUGCUGCUUUUAUCUGUGCCAUUCCAAAAGUAGUCUAAAGGGACACUGGCAUCGCGACCAACACAGCGCAGUGAAAAUAAGGAUCCUUUACAUUGACUCAUAGUGUGCAGGAGAGCAACGCUUCUGUCAUCUGACAGAGAAAUGCCAUUUAGAGGAAGGUGCAGGCGUCUGUUUGAAGCUCUCCUGUUUGAGGCGAGACAUUUUGGGGUGUGUUAUGUCCUGAUCUCAGCUAGCAGCUGGACAACGUGACGUGGAGACCCCAAGAUCAUUUCCUCACCUUCCUGUUACUUGUGUGCAGCAUUUCUUUAAAACUAGCCUACACAAGGGCCAAAGCUGAAAUGUGUGUGAUAAUCUAAUUGAAUUAGAAGAAUACAUGCUGCGAAAAAAGGAGGUGCCAAUUACUUGUGUUCUGAGGGUGCAUUUGAAGAAUGGUGAGCAUGAUUCUAUGAUCUGGUGGAACUACUGUGGGUGCAGAUCUUUAAAAAAACCCUCUUUCUUCUUAAAUGGUGUUAGUUUCUGAAGGGCUACUCAGAGUAGCUGUCUUCUUUAAAGAUGUGAAAACCUGGCUGUUCUUGAAAACGGGGAUUUACGUCAAAUAAUGAAUAGCCUUUCAGAAACUUCAAAAACAAUAGCAAGGGUGGGUCUUGUUUUAGGGAGCCCAGCAAUGUUUAACUGUUAGGCAUCAAACUGGCAUUUUAGCUAUCGGCUCUGCCAGUGGCAAUGCCCUCGCACACCGUGCUACUGUGGGUGCCUCUGUAAUUUGUUACCUCCACUAAAAGAGGUGUGCUCCUCUGAUGCUUAAGUGCCUCAAAGUUCAGGCACUUGCCAAAAGCCAUUUUUCCCCUGGAGCUGAAAGAGAGAUUUGUCAGAUGGCAUCUCAGGUUCUGGCCGGUCGAGGUGUUUGACAUUUUCAAAAAAACAAGCGAAGAGCUGUUGGCUGGAGUUAGUGAUUGCGGGGCAGGGGAGGAGGAAUCAAAAAGGAAAUCGAGGCAGACUAAGAGUUAGGCUUUUGAAGGACUUUUUUAAGGAGCAGAGGCCCUUCUAAGGCAAUCCUUGAAGCCAGAGGGACCUGUUCAUGUCCCAGAUUAUUUUUCCCUGUGUGGGUGAGGAAUGGAGGGGCACAGUGCUGCCCAGUUUGUGCAUUCCCGGGUUCAUUUUGAAACUCAUGUGUAGACUGUCCACAGCGGAUACAAUCCUUUCUGGCUGACGAUGAUGAAUGUCACGCAAUGAUCAAAAUUCUGAAAUUUCUCACAAUUUCUCCUGUGAAAUCUCAGAUGUUAGGAAGGCCAAUAACGAACCUGGUACGAACAGAGCUGCACAUCUCAGCAGCAUGGGAUUUUUUUUCAUAACAUGCGUACACGCUUUCUGAACAGAGAGCAAGAGCUUCUGACCCAAUAGUGAGAGUAAUCACAUCGGUCGGCUCUGCCUGUGCAGCCCUGACACGGGCCUUCUGCAUGCAGUCGGCAGGGUACAGUUUCAUAAACAGUGUUAAUUGAUGCCAAAAGCUUAUGCAAACCAAAUUGCCUUUUCUGUACAAGCAAAGAUGCCUGUGUUCUGUCUGCAUUUUCUAGAUUUUUUAAAUAAACAAAUAAUAAUAUUGUGAUUUACAA